GGAUACUCUGUCCCUUAGCAGCCUUUUGCUCUGGCUUGUGUCAGUCAGGGCUCCACAUGUUGCUCAGCUGAUGACUAUAGCCUCUGUAAUUCCCAAUGCCUGCCUCAGCCCCCAGAGUCCUGGGGCUCCCCUGGAGGUAACACAGCUGCAGUGUGCAGGCUGCUUUUCUGGCACCUAAGGUGUGUAAAAGGGUUUGCAGAAUCGCUGCCCACCAGUGCUUGGGGGCUUGGCCAAGGGCAGAGGAGAAGAGAUUAGUUCAGCAAAUCUGCUGUGCCACGUAUAACAAAGGGCCUGGGAGAGGCCUGUGUUACUGAGAUGAGAUGCAAGAGUCUGCUUUUGGAGGGUUUGAGAGGAAGGCACAAGCAGGUGCUGGGGGACAGGGACAGCCCUGGAGCUCUGACUAUACAGAGGGACAUGCGCCAGCACAACGAAGGGUCAGCAGCUGGCAGGGUGGGCAGAGGCAGCCCAGCAUCUGAAGGGGACAAGAUAGGAAGAGACAGCAGCAACACCUGGGAGGGGCCAUGUCCCCUGCCCCACCCAGCAGCUGUCCUGGGCAACCAGGGUGGCUCCUCUGUGACCUUGCAGCGGAACCAGUGGAACCGGUCAGUGUGCACCAUGCUGUGCUGCCUGCUGCUCCUCGCCCUGCUGCUGGGGGCUGCCCUCCCACAGCCUGUGCACCAGAGGGACAGCUACUCAGUUCCUGACGAUUUCUCUGCUCCCCUGGAGCUUCCACAGAAGCACUUUGGCCUGGUGGAUGAUUACGGCAUCAAGCCCAAGCAGCCCUGGUUCAGCACGCGGCCGGCGCCGGAGCGGCCGGCGCACCUGCGCAGGGCUGGCAAGAGCAAGCGCGACGGGCUGGACCUGCUGGAGUACUACGAUGACGGGCGCCUGUGAGCCAGCGUGCCCCGUGCCCCCGCUGCCCAGGCUGCUGUGUCAUCAUACUGCAAGAUACUGACUCUGCCACUGCAAUUAAAAGUCACCCCAGAUGGAUGUGACAGGAAGCUGUGCCACGGUCACAAGGAGGAGAUGCUGUCACCCCAGCCUGCAGCUGGAAAGGGCAUGAGCACGCUACUGCCCCCCCCCCC